UUCAGACUUUGCCAGCAAACACCGGAGAAAACGGAGCAAGCCUACUCAGAGACGGACGGAGAGGGUGCAAUGAUGAGACAGAGCGGACCCACUGCGCUACUUUCAUUAAUCUACCUUAAGGGCAGGAUGGCGAAAGUCUACAUUCGCUGAGGAAGUGGCGUAAAUUGAAAGGUCUUCACAGAUAAGACCGGAGAAAGGCAGGAAUUUUACUGCAGCUCCCAAACACUACGGGAAAGCGCGGGAAUAUAUUAUUGGAUUAUUUAUACGGAUCGAAACGCAUCAAAAUCCACGUUUUUAAUGAAGAUUUGAGGACCCAGCGCCUUAUCCGACUUCAGAGACGAAAUUUGAAUCUAAAUAACUUAUUGUGAUAAGGAAAGAGUUGGAACGAAUAUGAUAUGAUCCAUCCGACUUCGUUCGAGAAGGAAUUUAGAUUGCACUUUAAAAAUUAUUAACUCUCUAUUUGGAGAUAGGCUGUGAGCGCAGUCGUUUUGCCCCAAAAAUUGUAAUAGCUGUUUUGCAUUCAUUUGACGUGAGUGUAAAAAUGAUGGUUAUCAGCGAUUGAAACGAGCUCUACGGUACGUCUCACAAGCCGAACAGUAGGGUGUUUUGCUUUUGAAAUGAUAUUUUCAAUGCAUUUGUUCGCAAUGCGUAACGUUACUCUUGCGUGUUUUCCAAAUCCUGCUUGAAAAGGUCUGUCCCAUAGACUAGCCUACUCAACGGGAUGAGAGGAGACUAACGUUCGUUGACUAUUUUAUACAUCACAACUGAAUGUGUUGGCUGGACGGCAACCGCGACAAGAGGAGCUACAUUAGACGCAUCAAAAAACAAAGAAACAUUUACAACUUUUAUUUUGAUAACUUAGAAAAUAGAGAGCGCACGUUUAGUCUGGAAUACAAGAAUAGAUGAUUCUCAAAAGACAGAGGACGACAUAAAUCUUCCACCAUGUUCAAAGGUGGCUGCGGGCUAGAGUUCCUGCUGGUUCUCUGUGGUUUGGAGCUUUCCUGGUCCUGCCCACACCACUGUAUCUGCUACACCGCGCCCAGUACUGUCAGCUGCCAGGCACACAACUUCCUGUCCGUCCCCGAAGGCAUUCCCCCGCACAGCGAGCGCAUCUUCCUGCAGAACAACAAGAUCCACCGGCUGCUGCAGGGCCACUUCAGCCCCACCACGGUCACACUGUGGAUCUACUCCAACAACAUCACCUACAUCGAGCCCUCCACCUUCCACGGCUUCGCCCAGCUGGAGGAGCUGGACCUGGGGGACAACCGUCACCUGCGUUCCCUGGCUGCAGACACCUUCCAUGGGCUGGGCCGGCUCCAUGCUCUGCACCUGUACCGCUGUGGGCUCAGUGCGCUGCCCAGUAACAUCUUCCAGGGGCUACGCAACCUGCAGUAUCUCUACCUACAGGAUAAUCACCUGGAAUUCCUGCAGGAUGACAUCUUUGUGGACCUCCACAACCUGAGCCACCUGUUCCUGCAUGGGAACCGUCUGUGGUCGCUGCACCAGAACACCUUCCGGGGGCUGGGGGCCCUGGACCGCCUGCUGCUGCACCACAACCAGCUGCAGUGGGUGGACCGCCUGGCCUUCCACGACCUGCGUCGCCUCACCACCCUCUACCUGUUCAACAACUCACUGACCGAGCUGUCUGGAGACUGCCUGGCACUGCUGCCUGCCCUGGAGUACCUGCGCCUCAACGACAACCCCUGGGAGUGUGAUUGCAAGGCCCUGUCGCUGUGGGACUGGCUCAAACGCUUCAGAGGUUCUACUUCGUCCGUAGGCUGUCAGGCCCCGGCCGAGGUGGCUGGGAAGGACCUCAAGCAGCUCCGCAAGGAGGACUUCCCCAACUGCUCUGGCUCUGAGUCCCUGCACCAGAGCAAGACCUGGGCCGGGACUGAUAAGGUGUCUCUGAAGAAUGAGCCACACCCGGUGCCACCGCCUCACUCCCACCCCCACAGCCCUCACCACGAGGCGCCAUACUACCCCUCACCGCCUUCGCCUCUGCCCCAUCCGCCCCCGUCCAUAAGCGGGGAGGCGCCGGGAUCAGAGGGACAGCCUGGGGUGGCACCCCCUCAGCGGCCAGGCCGUGCUCGGAACUGCACCCGCCAGCGCGUCAGGGGAGGCAAGGGGAAAGGGCAGAACGAGGUGCAUACCUUAAAGGAGAUGGCCGAUAAAGAAUAUUCCUUGCCUGAUUUUGAAGGGGGCAAAUAUGACCACACGUCCCCGGAUGGCACCAUCACGCGGAGGAAGCAUAAGUGCCCUCCCCGGACCACUGUUCGCCCCCCUAGUGGGGUGCAACAAGCCACCAAUAGGGCCAUGUUCUCCCAGCCCUUAGUGCAUCUCAGCACCAUACUGGGAGCUUUGUUGCCCAUGACCAUUGUCCAUAUUCUCCGCUGACCUAGAGGGGGGGGGGAUAGAUACUGGCUAAACAACAACAGUGCAGUCCUCAGACCUGCUCUAGCUCCUGCACAACAAGGCCUGUGUGUGUGUGUACUUUGUGUGUAUGUGGUUGUGUGUGUAAAACAUUGUGUAGGGAGCUUCGCUGUUUAGACUCUGAAACAGACUUUCAAUCAUCAACAUGAAAUGUGAAAAGACUCACGAUGCUGUGUGAGGGACAGGGAUGUGUGAGGGACAGGGAUGUGUGAGGGACGGGGAUGUGUGAGGGACAGGGAUGUGUGAGGGACGGGGAUGUGUGAGGGACAGGGAGUGAGGAAAGACAAAAGGAAAACAGAACACGCUUGCACUGCCACUGUUGCCAUUAUGUUGUCAUUUCCUGUUGUUUUGGCCUCUUUCUGUCUGAGUUCUGUCUUCGACUCUACUGGAGCGCAGGUAACCAAACUUUUUUGGAAAAGAGACGUUGCAAACGCAGAAAUGUAGCUAUGAGACAGAUAGACUCGAAGGAAAAAGUGUUGGAGCCAGCUUUAAUUAUCAGUUCACAGUUUAUAAAUCCUUAUUGAGGGGCGAAAUAGAAAAUAGAUGACGUGGUGAAAGAAACCAUCACAGAGAAGUCUAGCCCAAUCUUGUGUUUCAUAUUAUUUGCCAAAUGUUUUUUUAUUACAUGAAUUGCCAAUAGCUGCUCCAUAGAAUUGGGCCGCCAAGGUAUCCGAGGGUAUUGCUCAUCAACAGGGAGAUAAGCAGGAAGAUGCCCGGUCAUAAAUCAUAAUUCCAUAUCAGAACAGGAAUGUGCAACGCUCACUUCUUAGCAGAAGUAAUGGAAAACUAUAGAAAAAGCAAUUGAAAGAGCAGCACACAAACAGACCAGUCAGCUCCAGGUACAGUAUGAUAACUAGGUCACUUCUGCUCCAUGUUCAGGUAACAUUGACCCCGAGCUAGUUAUACAUCUUCUACCUACUUUACAGUAUUUCUACAUUAUUUACAUCCUGCUUUAUAAAUUCUGAAUGUCCUGCCUUUCUACCUGCUCCAGGUCAUUUUCUACAUGUGCUACUAUGUUUUAAGCUAAUGUACCCAAGCUGCUAAUUAUCUGUAUGGAGGUGAGUGGGACUGUGGUCCACUCCCAUCUCCUUCAAAACCAGUGUGUGUCCCCACGAGAAGGAAACUGUGAAUAUUGAUGGAUCUGUCUAUUUCUUGUCUCAAAUGUUGUUUGUUUGAUUUUGCCAAGACGUAAAGAGGACCUAGAGAUGGAUCCCUAUACAGGGUACAGAGCCUUAGGGGUUAAGGGUCAGAUUGGCUAUUCUCAGUUUCCCAGUGAGGCUUUGGGCUUUGCUAAACAGAAUGGUCUUUAGUGUGGGCAUCCCUUCCUCAUUGGAAUGUGAGGAACAUUUAUAUAUUGUCCUAAUCAAUGGACAUCAAAGGAAAACAACUGCCCAACAAGACUAGAGAAGAAACAAAAACAAUAUGUGUACCUUAAAUGACUUCUGUAAUGAAUAAAAGGUAUACGAAUAAAAACAUUUUGAAUCGAGCAUGGCAAAACUUGGACCUCUCUCUUGGAAAUAAUAGAACUGCUAAAAUGUCUCCCUCUACAAUGACUGCUGUUCUUGUCAAUGGAUGUGGGGGAACCAAGAGAAAGACAAUCCCUUCUAACGUAGCAGGGAAUUAACAGGACGAUGGACAGACAGACAGACAGACUACUGCUGCUGGACUGCUAUCCCUCUGGACUACUGGAGCUUUUGUGCCUCGGGAAAAUGAAACGCUAAGUUGACGAUGUUUGUAAUAACAAUGAUGUGAACUGUACCAUUAACAAUGACAACAGGAGGACUAACUAACUGCAGUUCUAAUAUUAAUCAUUUAUUAUGAGAAUAACAAUAUUAAUGACAUCGUCAGAAAUUAAAACAGGGUUUCUGCCCCCCUGAUGAGGGGACAAUCUUUCUUUAAAUUAAUUUACCAUUACAUUGUUUUGUUUGUUUACUAAAAAUAAAACAUUUUAUUUCCUUUUUUGUUACAUCCUCUCAACCUCUUUAUCUGAUAAAACAAUGCACAAUUCAGUCCCCCCUCCUACAGUUCCCCAUCUAUCUCCUGUCUCCUACUGUUCCCCAUCUAUCUCCUGUCUCCUAUGCUUCCCCAUCUAUCUCCUGUCUCCUACAGUUCCCCAUCUAUCUCCUGUCUCC